ACAAAUUUAGUAUAACUUAAUCAAAUCAUUCAAAUCCACACUGUAUAGCAAAUAAUAAAAAUACUAGAUGCAUGAUAUAAGUUAUAAAAUAAUUAUUAUUCAUUACAAUAUUUAAAAAACAAUAUAAUGUCUACCAGAUGGUAUCCAAUUUAUCAAAGAGGCAAUCCUCAACUACGUAUUUUUUUGCCUAAUUUUUGGAUGAAAUUAGUACGACCAGAAGAAAAACAACCAAAAAAUGUGGUUCAAUUUAUGGUACCUACCGGAAUGACAAAUUAUGAUAUAGAAAAUUAUUUAACAAAAAUUUAUAAAAUUAAAGUUAUUAAAAUUGAAUCGAAUAUUGAGAAUGGUAAACUGAAAAGACCGAUUUAUAAUAAAUAUGGACCUAUUGUAAAAGAAGAUGAUUUCCGACGAGCGUUUGUAACAAUGCCUAAAGAUCAAGAAUUUGAAUUUCCUAAUGUGUGUCAUACAGAAGAAUUUAAAAAACGUACUUCUGAAGACGAAAAAUCAAGCAAAAUUAGUCAAGAUAUGUAUAAAGACUAUUUGAAAAAACAAGGUAACCGUCCUGGGUUACCUGGCUGGUUUUCUUUUUAAAAAUUCAACAUAUUUUUAAGCAUGUACAUAAAUAGAAUAUGUUUAUUUACAAUAAUAAGAAUUAG